ACCACUCGUUUAUACGAUCACGACCAAUUAAGAUGGACCCUCGUAUCGGCAGUCUCUGGCUUAUCGCGACAUGUGUGGGUAUUGUUAUGAUAUCUUGCUACAUUUCAGGUGUUGCUUGUGAUGUUCCUGAUGAUGUUGUGUACACUGAUUUACAUAAAACAGUAAGAACCGGGGACAGUGUUGUCCUGAAAUGUCAGUUUCGUGGGACACCUUUAGCUGUCUACUGGAAGAAAGGAGAUGAUCCAAUACGUGCACCAACCCUCGUCUCAUGGAUUACAGGAGACCCUGUUACAGGAUCAUGUGUAGGUGAAAGGCCAUGUCAGAUCAUGGAGAUGAAUGCAGAGUUCUCCUUAAUCAUCAAAGAAGUCAGCAUUGUAGAACAAGGACCAUAUUUAUGCAGGGUCACAAACUACAAGGGGAGACAGAUACACAACUUUACAGACAUCAGUGUUUUUUCUCCUCCUAUGGAACCCUACCCAAUCAUCAAUGAAUGUCAAAUGAACUCUCCAACUGACACUGAAACUACCUGUACUAUUUCAACUAACCAAUCAGUCGAGAUAAGCUGCUCUGCGUCAGGUUACUUUCCAGAUAUCGAUCUUUACUUUCUACAUGGAUCCACAAGUCUGCACACGAAAGACACGAUUGAAGUUACAAAUAUUGACGGGACGAAAAACAAAACCAUAUACGCCAACGCUACAGCCAGUGAAAUCAGCUAUGUUUGUUUUGCGUCUAUUCCUGGAUCGGCAGAGCAGAGAACGAGAACUGUUUUAGUUAACCUACGAACAAGCUCUUCUCCCUUGCCUACUGGAUCCACAAUUCCGAUUGACAAGACAGAUGGAAGUGCAGCUAAAGUUGUUGUACCAGUUAUAUUCAUCGUUCUAUUGGCUGUGAUCUGUAUUUCAAUCGUACUGUGGCAUCGAAGGAAACUACAGAGGGGUCAAGGUAUAUUUAUAUAUUAG